GAAUGCAUCUUUGCCGUGAAAGCUUCAUCCUAGGGAAUUAGCCAAUCGCACCCGCGCACUUAUUUAUCUGGGGACUUUUGUUUCUAUUUUCUCAGUAUUGUGGUUGUGACUUUUAUUAUCGGUCAGACUGCGAAGACUUCAAGACCUGAGUCCUUCCCGAAAACUCUUUGGAAUCCUGGCGUUAACUCCGCCCCAUCUCUCGCGAGAGUUGAAACCGGAAGUGGCAUAUAUUGCAGGCGUCGCGACAAGGUGGCGGCUCAGUUCACGUUGGCGGGAGCUGAGCGACCCGCCCGGCCUUGGCUCUCCGCGCGGGGCUCGCUCUGCUCUCGGGGCCGGCAGGAUGCGGGUGGCCGUGGCCGGCUGCUGCCACGGGGAGCUGGACAAGAUCUACGAGACGCUGGCGCUGGCGGAGCGGCGCGGCGCGGGGCCCAUCGACCUGCUGCUGUGCUGCGGCGACUUCCAGGCGGUGCGCAACGAGGCGGACCUGCGCUGCAUGGCCGUGCCCCCCAAGUACCGCCACAUGCAGACCUUCUACCGGUAUUACUCUGGAGAGAAAAAGGCCCCGGUUCUCACAGUCUUCAUUGGAGGGAACCACGAAGCCUCAAAUCAUUUGCAAGAGUUACCCUAUGGUGGCUGGGUAGCACCAAACAUUUAUUAUUUAGGUUUGGCAGGUGUAGUAAAAUACCGAGGUGUAAGGAUUGGUGGAAUCUCUGGUAUCUUCAAAUCUCACGACUAUCGAAAAGGUCAUUUUGAGUGCCCUCCUUAUAAUUCAGCUACAAUAAGGAGUAUAUAUCAUGUGAGAAAUGUUGAAGUGUAUAAAUUAAAACAGCUGAAGCAGCCUAUGGACAUAUUCUUAUCUCAUGAUUGGCCAAGAAGUAUAUACCAUUAUGGAAAUAAGAAGCAACUUCUUAAGACUAAAUCUUUUUUCCGACAAGAAGUGGAAAAUAACACCUUAGGAAGUCCUGCUGCCUCAGAGCUCCUAGAGCACUUAAAACCAACUUACUGGUUUUCCGCACACCUUCAUGUGAAGUUUGCAGCCUUGAUGCAGCAUCAGGCUAAGGAUGAAGGAGAGACUGCCAAAGCAACCAAAUUUUUAGCCUUGGACAAAUGCUUACCACAUAGAGACUUUCUUCAGGUAAUAGAAAUAGAUCAUGACCCCAGUGCUCCUGAUUACUUGGAGUAUGAUAUUGAAUGGCUCGCUAUUCUCAGGGCUACAAACAAUCUUAUUAAUGUAACUGCGCGCCUGUGGAAUAUGCCUGAAAAUAAUGGCCUGCAUACAAGGAGCGUCCAGAAGGGAGACGUGGACAUGCUGAAGGAGCUCCAGCUCUCCCUGUUGGUCAUCCUGCUGCUCUCCUGUGGCUUCCUCUACCAGCUCACCCUGAAGCCCAGCUGCCUCUUCUCCUGUCUGCCCCCCCACAAGUCCCAGCAGGGGCCGGAAGCCCUUCUGGGCAAGGGACGCAGCAUUGUGUUCCUAGAGACCUCUGAGAGGACGGAGCCGUCCCCGCUGGUCUCCUGCGCUGUGGAGUCCGCUGCCAAGGUUUAUCCUGAGCAGCCGGUGGUGUUCUUCAUGAAGGGUCUCAGCAGCUCCAUGCAGCUGCCCCCAAACUCCACGAACCCAGCCUUUUCCCUCCUCUCAGCAAUAGACAACGUUUUCCUCAUCCCUUUGGAUAUGAAAAGCCUGUUUGAAGACACUCCAUUGUCUUCAUGGUACACUCAAAUCAACGCCAGUGCCGAGAGAAACUGGCUCCACGUCAGCUCCGAUGCGUCCCGCCUGGCCAUCAUCUGGAAGUACGGGGGCGUCUACAUGGACACGGAUAUCAUCUCCAUCAGGCCCAUCCCUGCCGAGAACUUCCUGGCCGCGCAGGCUUCCCGGUACUCCAGUAACGGGGUGUUCGGGUUCCUCCCCCGCCACGCCUUCCUGUGGCAGUGCAUGGAGAACUUCGUCGAGCACUACAACUCAUACAUCUGGGGCAACCAGGGUCCCGACCUGAUGACGAGGAUGCUGAGAGUGUGGUGCAAGCUGGAGGACUUCCAGGAGUUGAGCGACCUGCGGUGCUUGAACGUGUCCUUUCUGCACCCCCAAAGGUUUUACCCCAUCUCCUACCCUGAGUGGAGGCGCUACUACGAAGUGUGGAGCCCAGAGCCGAGCUUCAAUGACUCCUACGCCCUGCACCUGUGGAACUACAUGAACCAGGAAGGGAAGGGUGUGGUGAGAGGCAGCAACACGCUGGUGGAAAACCUCUACCGCAAGCACUGUCCCAGGACUUACAGGGACCUGAUUCGAGGCCCAGAGGGGUCGGUGGCUGGGGAGUCGGGCACAGGAAACAAAUAGAGCCAAGUUUGUUGCUGCCACAUCGUGGAACUAGAUACACGCUUCUCCGGGGGCCUUACUUCCCCAGGGGCCUCGCUGCCCCCUGACCUCCACUUUCCCCAGGGGCUCAGUGAUCUAGUCCUCUACCCACCCUCGGUAUCCUCUGGACCUGGGACAGAGCCUGGCACACGGUGGGCACUCAAGAACUCUUGGCUGUAUUGAAUGUUGAACUCUGCCCAGGUAAGGGAAGGAGGUGAGGGUUACGUGCAUGUCAGGUCUUGGUCAGCUGAGGAUGCAGUCCUUUGCGUUUAGCCUUACCAGCAAAGUAGACCAGGGUGCAUGCCAAGUCCACUUGCUCACAACAGCCGUGCAAAAGAGGGUGACCCAUUUGCACAGGGGGAAAUCGAGGCUGGUGGAAGUGGCAGUCACAAACAGCUACCUUCAGAGUUAUUUUCUACACACGCCAGGGACACAUGGGGACAGAGCUGCGAAGCAAAUGCUCUCAGCCCCAGAUUUCACACUGGGCUGCACUCAGGGGACACGCACCGACUGCCAGGCCCCAGGCUGAGCCUAGAGGUGCUUUAGCUAAGUUGUGUCUCAUGAUGACCCUGCUCGGUAGAGUUUAUUUUCCCCGCUUUACAGAGAGGUUAAGUGACUUUCCCAGGGGCACACAGCUUGGGAAUGUGGAAUGUAAAUGAAUCUUUGACUCCAAAUCCUAGGCUCUUCCCUCCCCUGCAGGGGGUAGUAGGAACCCCUGGAGAGAUAAGCAUGCCUAGGUCCUGGUCCUGCCCCAGUGACAUUUUUAGCAUUUAGAAACUUGUGAUAAAAUAUACAUACCAUAACAUUUGCCAUUUUAACCGUUUUAAAGUGUACAAUUCAGUGGCACUAAGUAUAUUCACAUUGUUGUGCAACCAUCGCCACCAUCCAUCUCCAGAACUUUUUUAUCUUCCCAGAGUGAAAUUCUGUCCCCAUGAAACACUAACUCCUCCUUCCCUAUCUCCCCCCACCCCCUCUCAGCCCUGGUAACCGCUACUGUAUUUUCUGGAAUAUCUCUAUGUAUGUGACUAUUCUAGUUAUGAUGUACAGGUGAAAUCAUGUAAAUAUUUGUCCUUUUGUGUCUGGCUUAUGUCUCUUAGCAUAAUAUUUUCAAGGUUCAUGUUGUAACAUCUAUCAGAAUUCCAUUGUUUUAAAGGAAAUUCUAUUCCAUUGUAUGUAUGAUGGGCCACAUUUUUAAUCCAUUCAUAUGUGGAGGGGCACUUGGGUUGCUUUCACCUUUUGGCUAUUGUGAACAAUGCUGUUAGGAACUUGUAUGUGCAAAAUUUGAGUUUCUGCUUUCAGUUCUUUUGAGUAUACACCCAAUAAUGGAACUGCUGGACCAUAUUUUAA